AAAAUGUCCCUUAGAACCCUACAUGCAGACCUUCCAUGUCUCCCAUUCACACUCUUAUAAGGUUCUCUCCUCAACACCCACUAGCCCCAGUUUCCCCUAGCCAUCCAUAUAUCAACACAAGUGCUUCAUUUUACAUCAUUUUCUAGUGUGCUCGUGUGCCUUAAUUUUUUUUAACAAAGGACCAACAACUCUCUCUCUCUCUCUCUCUCUCUCUCACACACACACACACACCUUCAAUAUGGCAACUGGGACUGGCUCUCCUUGUGGUGCAUGCAAAUUUCUGCGGCGAAAGUGUGCCGUGGAUUGUAUUUUUGCACCUUAUUUCUGCUCGGAACAAGGGUCGGCUAGAUUUGCUGCCAUUCAUAAGGUGUUUGGUGCCAGUAACGUUUCCAAAUUGUUAUUGCAUGUCCCAGUGGAGGAUCGAUGUGAGGCGGUUGUGACCAUUGCUUAUGAAGCUCAAGCAAGGAUCAGAGAUCCAGUUUAUGGCUGUGUCGCACAUAUCUUCGCCUUACAACAGCAGGUGACGUGCUUGCAAGCCCAACUGAUGCAAAUGAAGGCUCAACUGGCACAAAGCCUCAUUGAUUCAAAGACUGCAGAAAAUCAAUGGCCUGGAAACAUGGCUGGAAUGGCAUCGUUUCCGAAUUUCCCGGCUUACUUGAACUCUAUCUCAACCCCGAGCUCACUUGAUCACAUCAAUGGAGGAGAAGGUAUGCGAGAGAUUCGAAGCAGAGAUGAGCAAUCAUUCCAAUCUUAUGCUAAGAAGAGACCUUCACAAACUGACUUGGGUGAGCUUCAAGCACUGGCUUUCAGAAUGAUGAGGGACUGACUUGGGGCACGCACCAUAUUUGUUGCUAGGUUAUGAUGUUACAGUGAUGAUCUGCACAUUGAACGAUGCAUAUACAGAGACUAUGGCAGAAACUGUUAGACAGGGCAUUUUCCCUUUCUAUCCAAAAAUUGUUGCAGCAUUAAUGUAGCUAGACAGGCUCUCUCUCUCUCUCUCAUUCAUUUUAAGAUUUUACAUUUGAGAAUUGUUAUGG